UCAUGACUAUAACACUCAUUGUGCCUGUUCCCCAGAGAACAAUAAACCAGGAGCAUCAUGAAGCACCGAGGUCAGCUUGUCGUCUUGCUUACCUGCUUUCUGGGGGCCCUGAACAUGCCAGCUCUAGCAUUGCAAGUUAUUCAGCCUAGAUUAAUCCUGGCUGAAAGCCACAACGUCACUCUCAAAUGUGCAUAUGACAACACAAGAGAUGAACCACUCGAGCAGUUCAGGAUCCACAUACUUAAAGGAGAGCGCGGGGCCAACAUUAAGGUCUGUGAUCUUUACUUUGAUAUCAGCAAGAAUAAGCUGCCGAAUGAUCAGAGCUGCCAGGGACAACCCCGGAAUGGCAGCGUGUUGAUAACGUUCAAUGGGCUAAACACAUCUCAAAGUGACUUAUAUAUUUGCCAAAUCCAGAAAAUACAUCCACCGCCUUACAUUACGAGCUUCGGGAAUGGGACUUGGAUUUUCAUCAGUCCAGACAGAGUUGAGAUGAAGCCGUGCGGUCAAUUCACUCAAACCACCCUGAUCAUCCUGGUGCUCACUGCAUUCUUCAUGUUAUACAGUGUCCUCAUUACCUGCCUGCACUGGCCUCUUGGUACCACCGCUUGCAUUCUCAGGAUGAAGGAGGCAGUUGACAUGAAAUGUGAACUGAUUCACAAUUCUGACGAACCCGCUACUGCUACGUGGACUGGCCAGCGCUGGGAGACAGGCCCAAGGCAAGGCAAAUGUUGAAAAAGAACCAAGAAGAACAGAACAAUGAAUAUGUGAACAUGGAACCUCCAAAACACAGCUCUGGAAGAAGGCGAGGGAACCACAUAGGCUAUCGCACAUAACACAAUGUCUCAUAAACCCAUAUAAAACCCACCAGGAAUCUAACUGAGGCUAUUCCUGAAGAGACCUGAGCAAACCCAGGAAAGUUCCCAAUGGAACAUAGUUCUCUUAUUUCUUUCUACUUCCCUCAUUGAGGAGAUGCAAAAGCCAUUAAAAGAUUUUGGGUGUCAUUUGAAUUCUCUCCAUGUUUGUCAUAGGGUGCAAGUUAGUGCAGGACUGUAGCAUUUCAGAAACACAUGCAAAACAAGGUCCGGCUUAACCUCCAUCACACAGAGCAAAGAGGAAUGGACAAAUCCUGUCAGAAUCCCAGGCUCCGUUGCCACAUCCAACAGCAGUGUGUAUUCCCUCAGUAUGAGCAUUACAAAAGUAAGGAGGGGUUGGGAAUCCUGUCAAUUGAGGCUGAUACUCCCUCUUUCAGGGUAUUUUCACUUCUCCUUUCUCGAUUACCCUUCCCCACUCCCCUCCCUCACCAAUUAGAUGUGGGUGAGGUAUGGCCAGACAUCUCCAAUCAGUUACUCCACUUCCCUUGUAUUCUUUCUUUCUCUCCUCUCUCUCGCUCUCCUUCCACACACUCACUUUCUCUCUUUCUGCCCUGCCUCUCUUCCUCUCCUUCCCUUCCUCUUUCUUUCACUCCUUUUCUCCCUCACCCCUCAAUCUUCUAUACUCAAGGGAAUACCAGCCAUGUUUAUGUAACCUGUCCUCACAAUUAAACCCUUUUAGCCCUGAUAUCAUUCUGCACCACACUACACCUCCUCGAAAGCCAAAUGUAUCCUUCCUGAGGUGGGAUGCCCAGUAAUUGAACAUGGUACUCCAGAUUAAUGCAAUCAUAACAUAACUUCCAUUCCUUUGUAUUCCAGCUCUUAUCAGAUAAAGGCUAACAUUCCAAUAGCCUUUCUAAUUAUUGUUUUUGGAUUUGCCUAUUGGCUUUAAAUGCUUUAUGUACUUACACUCCCAAACCUCUUUGCUCCUCUACAGUUUCUAGUUACUCACUAUUUACAAAAUACUUUGAUUUUUCUUUAUUAAUUCAAAAGUUGAUGACCUCACACUUGCCCCAUGAACUCAAUUUGCCAUAGUUUUGCCUUCUCAUUUAACCUGUCCAUGUCCCUUUGUAACUUGCUGGUCUUAUCCACAUCAGUUACUAUCCCUCCUAACAUAGUGUCCAUCAUGGUGUAACCUCCAUCCAUCAAGACACUUACAUGAAGGUUGACCAACCAGAGGGCAGCUGGACAGCUGUAGAUCUAGACCCCAAAAGAGCCAGUGUUUUUAGGAGAGGAGAGAGGAAAGCAAGUCAAAAAUGGAAAAACAAGGAAGGAACUUUAGCUGCAUGAAUAGAAGUAUAUUCACAGGAAGGCCAUUCAGAGUCAAACACAGUAAGAUACAGUCAGACAGCCAGAUACAGUCAAGACAAAAUCAGAGUCAUCAGCACAAGGAGACACAAUCAGUAUAGUGAGGUCUGCCUGAGUUCAAGUUUAAGCUAUGUUAAUUUAGCUGAUCAUACCACUGCUAGAGUGCAUGUGUCCUUAUGCAUCAUGUGGGUACAGGUGUCUACGUCUGCAUGUGUGUUGCUCUGCAUGAUUUGCAUCCAUGCUGUGUCUCUAUGUGUGUCUUUAUCUCUAUAUAUAUAUAUUUAUGUGACUAUAUGCCUCUCUACUUUCAUAUUUUCUUAUUCCUGAGAACUGGCAGAAAUAUUAACAGAAGCCUAUGUGUACACACCUGUGAGAAGCCUUACCAAUCUUGAAAAUGUAUCAAAAUUCCUUCUAAACAGUAAAAAGCAUAAAAGUUAUUAUUAGUCUGUGAAUACAGGAAUGAUGGAGUAGUGUAUUUCCUUGUUUACAAACUAUCCACUACUUAUAACAGGUUAUUGCAUGGUUUUAUAUCAGGAUUUCCACACGCUCAAAUGCUGCUCCGCAGAAUGUUGUAGCAACUAAGUCCCAGCUUCUCAAUGUGCCACAUACAAACAUACAGACACAUGAACAUACAAACACACGAACAUACAAAAUUGAUAGAAAAGACCAGCUGGUCCAUCAAGCCUGCCCCAAAACAGGUAAUGCAGAGGGAACUUGCUCACACGAACAGGUGGAAGGGUGGUCCUUGGUCAGCAGGUUCUAAAAGAACAGCACUUCAGAACAGGCUCACCCAUGCCAUAGACUGGAGCAGAGAAGGUACAGUUCUGAACAAAAAGGAUACCUGCCCAACUACCUGGACCAUGGAUAAAGGUCCAGAGACACAUGAACUCACUCCAGCAAACCCAUUGCCUAGUGAUAUUACUUGCUCUUUUCUCCUGAAGAAACAUUUAGUCUGGUGUUGACAAACUAACGUCUGUGUGAUAAUUGCCAAUUUUAGGCACCUGUUUCUCACCCAUUCAAUACAUUAUAACAUUGAACUCAUUCUAUCAGGAAUGUAAAUUCACACUGGUUAUCCAACUUUGUGCACUAAAUAAUAAAUGGAUCCUUGGCUUCAA